UCCUUCCGAUCCUCCAAUGCUCACAGCUCGGCCGGAGCCCGUCGUCUUCCCGGCUCCAUUUCCACGGGAUUUUUAACACUCCUUACCACCCCAGAUCAGGACGAGACCGCGAUUAAGGGGGAAAAAUGUCCAGUGACAGGCAACGAUCAGACGACGAGAGUCCGAGCACCAGCAGCGGCAGCUCCGAUGCGGAUCAGAGAGACCCGCCGGUACCCGAACCCGAGGAACAAGAAGAGCGAAAACAGCCUUCAGCGACACAGCAACAAAAGAAAACCACCAAAUUAUCCAGCAAAACAACAGCGAAGUUGUCCACCAGUGCUAAAAGAAUCCAGAAGGAGCUAGCUGAAAUUACUCUGGACCCCCCUCCCAACUGCAGCGCGGGGCCAAAAGGAGAUAAUGUUUACGAGUGGAGGUCCACCAUCCUGGGCCCGCCCGGCUCCGUGUACGAGGGGGGGGUCUUCUUCCUGGACAUCACCUUCUCCUCCGACUACCCCUUCAAACCACCAAAGGUCACUUUCCGCACAAGGAUCUAUCACUGCAACAUCAACAGCCAGGGCGUGAUCUGCCUGGACAUCCUGAAGGACAACUGGAGCCCCGCCCUCACCAUUUCCAAGGUGCUGCUGUCCAUCUGCUCCCUCCUGACAGACUGCAAUCCAGCCGACCCUCUCGUCGGAAGCAUAGCCACCCAGUACCUGACCAACAGAGCCGAACACGACAGGAUAGCCCGACAGUGGACCAAGAGAUACGCCACAUAAACAACAGGAUCCGCCCCGCCCCCUGCCCCGCCCCCAAC